AUGAUCAAGCAAGGCGAGGGUGGCAUUCGGUACGAGAGCGCGCAACACUGCCAGAACCUCUGGCCCGGCCCAGGUGUAAUUGAGGGCCUGGAGGCCUGCUUCGACGUCUCUUGGGGCUUGCGUUGGCCAGCUGAGACAUUCGAAGUGAAGUGGACCUCUGCAAGCCUUGCAGCUGCCGAAACCUCCGGGUUGGCGAUUUUGAGGUCGAGGUCAAGAUGCAGCGAGAGCAACAUCAUCAGGGCCCGUCACGCCAUUUGCAAAGCUGGUGUUUGCAUUCAGUCCUCAACCAAUGAUUGCAGUUCUUCGGAUGCUCAAAUACGGGUAGAAGGAGCGAGCUCCGUAGCAGCGAAAGCCAGGGUUCUUUCCAUGUUUCGAUGA